GCCAGCUCCGAGCCGUCAGUCCGAGGCCGACAGCCGGCGCCAGAGGUGCCUCCUUCUUGGCCACGAUGGCCCGCGGCUGGAGAGGAAUCCUCGUGUCGACCUUGCUGGUGGUGUCUGCCGGCUGUUCCGCGGCGCAGCAGCAGCAGCAGCAGCAGCCGCAGCAGCAGGCCGCCCUGCCCAGCGCCACUGCCGACGAGGUGUUCAGCAUCAUCGCAAGAGCAGUUCAGCAAGAGCUACGGCCAGUCGUCAGUAAACUUGAGUCACAAGUGGAGUCACUGGACAAAACGGUCAGAAGGCACGAGUCUCGGGUGGAGUCGCUAGACAACAGACUGACUCUUCUCGACUCCAGGAUGAGUACGCUGACUGCCCACGUGUUGACGAACCGACUAGGUGAGCGGAUGGAAGAGGUGUCCAGUCAACUGAGUGGAAUCACUGCGAGACUCGACAGCCAGCAAUCACAACUCGACAGCCAGCAAUCACAACUCGACAGUCAACUAUCUCAACUGAGUGAGCUCAACACCCAGCUAAAUGAACAAAAUUCUCAACAAGAGGAGACUGCAGCUACAGUGAACAAUGUCACAGCGCAACUGGAUACCGUCGUUACACAGCAAGAAGAUCAACUCACAGAGACGUCCAAACUGGUCAUAAGGCUCGACAGCCAACAAUCUCAACUGAGUGAGCUCAACGCCAAACUGAAACAACAGAAGGCACAACAGGGGGAGAUUGAAGCCACAGUGAACGACAAUGUAGAUCGACUUGAAUACAACGUCACUUUGUUGGAAAAUCAACUAACAAAGGUGUCUGGACUGGCCAACAGACUCGACAGCCAGCAAUCACAACUGGACGAGCUCAGUGACCAACUGAACGAACAAAAAUCACUUCAAAACGUCACUGCGGUUACAACGGAUGAUCACCUCUUGACAGCACCUCUUGAUGCCACGACAUCUCAGACUGUCACUCUGGGGUCCCAGCUGGCUGAAACCAUGAAUAAGACAGCAGCCUCAAAGGAGAGCAUAGAUCAUCUGGCUUCUGAGGUAAAGCAGCCGCCAACUCCCCGUGAUUGCAGCGGUCUGCCUGUCGGCUCUCCAUCUGGUGUCUACCUCCUCAGGCCCAGUGGCGACAGCACACAACCACCCGUCCAGUCGUACUGCGACAUGGACACUGCCGGAGGGAACUGGACGGUGAUCCAACGACGUGACGACAUCGAGCCCCGCCAGGAUUUCUACCUGGGAUGGAAGGAGUAUAAGGAGGGAUUCGGUGAUGUAACCAAAGAAUUCUGGUGGGGCCUUGAGCACCUGUUUCAGCUGACGUCAUCAGACCGACGUUACGAGCUUCGAGUUGAUCUUGAGGCGUUCGACGGCAGUCGCAGACACGCUACCUACCAAGGGUUCCGUAUCUCGUCUGAGGAGGACGGCUACCAACUGAGCGUCUCCGACUACUCGGGAACUGCCGGGAAUGGUCUGAAGUUCAGCGUCAAUGAGAAGUUCUCUACCCGUGACCGUGACCAGGACGGCAGGUCUGACGUUCACUGUGCACAGCGCCAUCAGGGGCCCUGGUGGUACGGCUGGAGGUGGUUGUGCGGGUGGAGCAACCUGAACGGACGGUACCGGGACGGCAGUAAAUGGGACCGCACUGGAAUAUGGUGGUGGAGGUGGAGGGAAGCUGAGUCACUGAAGAAGACCGAUAUGAAGAUCCGGCCCACCUAACUCAUCUGCAUUAAGGAGGACACCACGGUGAUGCACACUGCACAGUGUAGGUCACACGUGCAUGUGGCACGUGUACCGUGCGGCAGCCGCGGCCAGUGGUUCGGCCUGCCGGUGCUGUAACUGCACAACUAUUAUCUGCUAAGAGCGUCGUGCUGGGGAGCUUAUAGAUUGUUUAUCUACGGACGAAAAGUAGCGUCUAUAUACGCAUAUGAUUCUAUGUCCAUAAUACCUGCAUGUUUUUAGUCAUUAACGCCUGUUUGUAUGUAUAUGACAAUUAUGAAACGUUUGAGCCAAUACAUUUCAGUAACACCAAGAGA